AUGUCCUUUAGCGACAACGUCGCUCGAAUGCCAGCUGAGAGACAAAGGACGCCAGUCCACGAAGUUCCAGUGGCAGCUGCAGCAUUUUGUCCCGCUUUUUCCGAAGAGGCUUCAAGACCAUCUCAGUCGGAUAAUAUCCUGGGUGGGCCCCAACAGGGGUCGGCCACCCAGGCUGCCAGCCCAGGGGAAACCACGGUUGGUGACGCAAGUGGGCCUGUCCAAUCUAAACGGAGAGAGGCAGACAGGGACAGUCAGCUGCGUCUGCAGGGUGGCACUGCAACUGCCCUCGCAGAUGUGUGCAGCGACAACGCCUCUUUGCGACACUCAGCCCCUGUGCCGAAUGCUUCGAGUUGUGCCGCUUCUGUGCCAAGCUCGGGCAAUGGUGGCGUCCAGUUGAGCAGUCGAAUCAUAUACCCGUCAGCUCCGAUUACUUUUAUCAAGACCGCUUAUUCUUUGCCUCGAUGGGGGGCGUAUAACCGGCACCCCUACGGGUACCUGAACGCAGAAACGGUGCGCGCGGCUGCACAAGCAGACGAAAGCCUACUCCGAAGCAACACCAAUGCUCCAAAGGAGACAAGCCAACAAACGGCUGGAGCAAGAGCUGGCCACUGCGGCAAACCAGACGACCCGUGUGCAGUACAAGAGAACGAUAAACGCCUCAGCACUCUAGUAGGAGAAGACAUGGCCGCUGAGACCCAUGCGACGCAUACACCGACUGCUGACCGCCUAUCUGUCAAGGCAGUAGAUUCCGAGGUGACUUUCCCAACAGUUGAAGUGCCUGCGGCAACAUCAAAGCAGCACUUGCGAGCGACCAAUUACGAGCGCUCCAAAGAUGCCUCCUUUCAGGGGGUAAGCUCUCUGCCACCCCAGCCUGCUCGGUCUCGACCCUUUAUGGGCUCUUGGAUUUUCGGGGGGUCAGAGGAGGGCACAGAGUUGGAGAGGCUAUUAAAAGAGGAAAUCGACCUGGCUACGUCAGCCGCCACCAGGAGCGAACUAGCAGCGACCAAGCUUCUACAAGAAGACAUGGAAGCGAUGAUAGCCAACCUGCAGCAAGUGAAGUCCUUUCUUGUUAGAAAGCUCCGCGAAUGUGAAACUGCGCUGCUGACGACGGCUCAAGAAAGGGACGACUUGGAGUCCACGCUCCAGCAGAUACAAAGCGGCAUUCAAGACAGCGUUGCAGAGAAGCACCGCCGUGUUCAGAGCUAUCAAGCGCAAUUAACAAUGAAGGAGCGCGAAGUAGAGGGGCUGAGAGCUGAGCUGAAGAAGAUGACGGAUGAAAUGGAUACACUCCGGAGGGAGAACAAGACACUGAAGGGGGAGCUCGAUGUGGCGCGAGCAGAAGCAGCAGACGUAGCAGCUGCCGGUGGCUUUCGCAUUGAAGAAUACCAAUUGGCCCUAAGAACCGUUGUGGCGCGGAACAAGGAUCUGGCUAAGGAUCUGAAACUGCUCAGAGGACAGUUAAUACGCACUCGCGAAGAUUACGCAAAUGCCCUGGCACGUGUUGACGAGCUGGAGGCGCUGACGGACUUUCACAAGACGGCCUUGCAGGAGGUACAAGCGCCAGAGCCGCUUCUGACCGAUCGGGAGCCUCUACAGUCGUGGCGCAUCCCUAGGCUAUUGUUGCAACGCGGAAACAGCGUUCCCGCCUUGAUAGGACGCAGUAAGAGGCUUUCUGAGGAGGCGCGGCCUGGCUCGUUGCAGCGUCAAGCGGAAACAGACAGUCGCUCUGACAGAGGCCUAGAAAGCCCUGCAUCCGCCUCCUCCGAGGCAGACCAUAUUCCUGGCCGAACAGAGGGAUGGACAAGUGGUUCUCCAGCUGGUGACGCGCAAGGAGGUGGAGGUUCGGGGAGAGCUAAUGAAACUCUGCGGAAACGCAGUGGCUGCCUUGGGGCCACUGCCGGGGACGUCAGUGCCGGCACGCCAAGAGGGGGCAGCAGUUUGGGCAAGAGCGUUAAGGGGUUGCUGACCUCUGGAGUCUCACAGGUGCUUCGACGCUUGGAACAUGCUGUUAUGACGGAAAGAGAUGCAGAGGAUCCGGAAACAGAAGAGGAUAUCCGGGAGUGCCAAAGACCCACGGGAGGAGAAGGGCUACUGGAGGAGGCAUUCUUGUUUGUACAGCGUACAAGCAGCAGCAACGAUCUUAUCGUGCACCUUGAAGAGGGAAACGAGUUGCAAAACGCUGGCGAAGGUGAGAGCGAGAGUCGUUCAGAAGCUGUUCGGCAGGAGCAGACACGCACCUUGGGCACUGUAGCGCGGUCCAUGUGGCAGGCAGCCCAUGAACUGCUUGCUGACCAGUCGCUGCCCCCUGCACGUCUAUCCACGUUGCGGACAGUAGCAGCCUCGCAGCCUUCUGGUUGGGAAGUUCUAAGGGAGCGCCACCAAGCCGCAAAGUCGAUGCCGCUCUUUAGCAGCAUUCCCCCGGCCGCCUACCCUCUAAUAGCAGAAGGCAGAAACGAGCGGCAAGCAAUCUCCAACAUCGAUACGCCAGGAAGUUGGCGAUCCCCCUCAGCUGGAAGUUCGCGAGUGGGUCGCGAAGGGCUACCGCUAACACGACUUUUCAACACACGGCGUCCGUUUCUUGCACGAAGCGAACGCUGCCAGCACAAAUCCUUGCCGAGAGGCUCAGUCACAUUGGAGUUACGGGCCGACAGGGCAGCUUCUGCAGGAGCUACUUUCGCGGGCACGGAGCCUUCAAGUGAUACUGGGGAUUUGCUUGCGUGGCAAAGAGAUGCUGAUAUGGAAGGGUCUCAAAGCCCGACGAGCUGCGUCUCUACAGACCCCAUGGGCGCUCCAGAGGUACAAACAAUCCCGACAGAACUUGAGGCCCCUCGGACUGAGAAGUGUGCAAACGAGGUGACGGAGAAAAGAGUAUCCAAGACGGAGCUCCUCUCGGGGGGUUGUGAAACGCCAGUUCGGCCAGACACUGUACCUGAAAUGGAGUCCUGA